AUAUAUCCACGCUUUCACAAAAUGGCCAGCACAAAGAUCAAGGAGAAGAAGGAUAAGAGCGAGAAGAAGGAGCGGAAGGAGAAGAAGAAGUCCUCCAAGACCGCCGCCGCCGUCGAGCCCGUCUCCGAACCCGAAUCCGUCAGCGAACCCGCACCCGCAUCAGACGUCGCGUCCUCGCCAGAACCCGCGUCGCGCAAGCGCAAGCGCAUUGUCGCGCCGGAAGAUGAGCUCGAAGUCGACGUCAACGCGCCCGAGCCGCUGUCCAAGAAAGAGCUGCGCCGAGCCAAGAAGGGCAAGGUAGUCAACAAGCCCGACGCGGCAGCCAAAGCCGGCAUCACCGACAACAACAACGACAACGACGCCGCCGCCGCCGAUGGCACCGCCACCAAGGCCGGCGCCGCAAAGCCCGCCGAAAAGUCCAUCCACGGCAUCUGGAUUGGCAACCUGCCCUGGACCGCGACCAAGGAGAGCCUGCGCACCUUCAUCUGCGAGCACGCCUCGCUGACGGACGAGCAAAUCACGCGCGUGCACAUGCCGGCGCCGGACAAGGCCUCGGUGGCAACGAUGCGCAUCAAGCCGACGAACAAAGGCUUCGCAUACGUCGACUUCUCCGACGCGGAAGCCGUGCAAGCAGCCAUUGGCGCGAGCGAGACGCUGAUGGGCGGCCGCCGCGUCCUAAUCAAAGACGCGCACAGCUUCGCGGGGCGGCCGCAAAAAGACCCGGCCGAGAAGGAAAAGGACGCGACCAAGGCGCUGGCGGUGCAGGCGAGCGGCGGCAAGGAGCCCAGCCGCCGCGUCUUCGUCGGCAACCUGGCCUUCGACGUUACAAAGGAGGACCUGCUCGAGCACUACGCCAAGUGCGGCCCCGUCGCCGACCUGCACAUGGCCACGUUCCAGGAUUCCGGCAAGUGCAAGGGCUACGCGUGGGUGACGUUCGAGACGCUCGAUGCCGCUGCCGCCGCCGUCGCGGGCUUCGUGCGCAUCCCCGUUGAGCGGGACGACGACUCCUCGGACGAGGAAGAGGAGGAAGAAAACGACGACGACGAAGACAUGCCCGACGCCGACGCCGCCGCCACCAGCAAACCCAAGAAAGCCAAAAAGCCCAAGAAGGAAAAACUGCGCAAGUGGUUCGUGAACCGGCUAGGCGGGCGGGCGCUGCGCGCCGAGUUCGCCGAGGACGCGCAAACACGCUACAAGAAGCGAUACGGCAAGGACUCGAAGGGACGGGGAAGCCACGGCAACGACAACAACGGCGGCGAGGCCGACGCCAUCACCGAAGUCGGUUCCGCGCCCGCGCCGCGCCCCAGACGCCAGCCGUACGAGCGCAAGAAGGUCGACGCGCGGACGAUCGCGCCCGGAGCGGCGCUGGCGAGCGCGCCGAGGUCGUCGGGCGCGAUUGUCGAGGCGAGGGGAAAGAAGAUCACGUUUGAUUAGUUAGGUGGUUCGUUUUAAGGGGGGGAAGGAGGAAGAAAAAAAAAAAAGCAAUGGAGGAGGUUACCGUACUACCCCCUUCUUUCGUGUUUAUUUGCUAUUUACCUACCUACUAUAUCCGUUACUGCUGUCUAUGCAUUAAUGUUUGCUUGUCUGUCUGUAUACUUUCGCUGCUCAGACGCUCCCACCUUUAACUCUUCUCCACCCC